AUGUUGCUAACAAAGCUUCAAGCUAAGAGGUGUUACCCUACAUCAGCUCAGCUGAAGCCUUGUAUCUACGUGUUCUACGUGAAGUGUGUCUACGUGUUCUACGUGAAGUGUAUCUACGUGUUCUACGUGAAGUGUGUCUACGUGUUCUACGUGAAGUGUGUCUACGUGUUCUACGUGAAGUGUGUCUACGUGUUCUACGUGAAGUGUGUCUACGUGUUCUACGUGAAGUGUGUCUACGUGUUCUACGUGAAGUGUGUCUACGUGUUCUACGUGAAGUGUGUCUACGUGUUCUACGUGAAGUGUAUCUACGUGUUCUACGUGAAGUGUGUCUACGUGUUCUACGUGAAGUGUGUCUACGUGUUCUACGUGAAGUGUAUCUACGUGUUCUACGUGAAGUGUAUCAACGUGUUCUACGUGAAGUGUAUCUACGUGUUCUACGUGAAAUGUGUCUACGUGUUCUACGUGAAGUGUAUCUACGUGUUCAACGUGAAGUGUGUCUACGUGUUCUACGUGAAGUGUAUCUACGUGUUCUACGUGAAGUGUGUCUACGUGUUCUACAUGAAGUGUAUCAACGUGUUCUACGUGAAGUGUGUCUACGUGUUCUACGUGAAGUGUGUCUACGUGUUCUACGUGAAGUGUAUCAACGUGUUCUACGUGAAGUGUAUCUACGUGUUCUACGUGAAGUGUGUCUACGUGUUCUACGUGAAGUGUAUCAACGUGUUCUACGUGAAGUGUGUCUACGUGUUCUACGUGAAGUGUAUCUACGUGUUCUACGUGAAGUGUAUCUACGUGUUCUACGUGACGUCAGCCUAG